UCCAACAUGGCAGACGGAGUGGCUCUUACGCGGUAACUAAAGCAACAUUUUAACUGAAUCAGAGAAAUUCAAGACUACUCUGCAACAGGACAUUCACAAUGAGGGAGAGACAGAAGAAGAAGAAGGGAAGGACGUGGGCGGAAGCCGCGAAAACGGUUUUGGAGAAGUACCCUAAUACACCUAUGAGCCAUAAGGAGAUCUUGCAAGUGAUCCAAAGAGAAAGACUUAAGGAAAUAAGAAGUGGAACGUCACCGCUGGCAUGUCUGAAUGCAAUGCUGCACACAAACUCCCGUGGUGAGGAGGGAAUCUUCUACAAAGUUCCAGGCAGAAUGGGAGUCUACACAUUAAAGAAGGACAUCUCAGAUGUGGUGAAGGAGCUGUCGGAAGAGGGCUCUGAGGACAGCAGUGACAAUCUUUCUGACUCUCAAAGCACAGAAAACAGCAAUAGUGCUAACAGUCAAGAGGGCAGGAGAGGAAGGUGGAUGCGAAGAGUUCCCUCCAAGCUGCAGUCACAGCCGUCGUCUCCACAGCCUCGAUGUUCGUCGCCGUCUGUCCCCACCAGUAAGCUCAUCUCUCCCUCGCAGAAACACAGCAAGAAAGCUUUGAAACAGGCCCUGAAGCAGCAACAGCAGAGAAACCAGCGUAGACAGGGUGGAAUGCCAACCUCCUCCAGUCCAAGACUGCUUCUGAAAACCAUUAAAGACAUGGCUGAUAACAUUACAACAAAGACUGAUCUAUGUCACCCAGUCGUACCAAGAAAGGUUUCCCAGAGGUCUGGUCGCCUCAGUGCAGGGCAGAUAAAACGUGCCAAGUAUAAAAUAGAUGUGGAGACACCAGACUCUAUUUUGGUUAACACCAACCUGCGAGCAAUCAUCAACAAGCACACCUUCUCUGUCUUGCCUCCAGACUGCCAACAGAGACUGGUCAAACUUCUGCCAGAAGUAGACCGCCAGGCUUGCAUGGACGGGCUUCUCAAGGUCACUAGCUCUGCCUUAAACAAUGAGUUUUUCACAUCAGCAGCACAGUCUUGGAAGGAGAGGCUAGCUGAAGGGGAAUUCACUCCUGAGUUGCAACUCCGAAUGCGCCAAGAAAUUGAGAAGGAAAAGAAAGUUGAACAUUGGAAGGAAGCCUUCUUCGAAAACUAUUAUGGGGAGAAUUCUGGGCUCAGCUAUGAGAAAUCCAAAGAGCUGACAAAGGCUGAUUUGAAUCAGGAAUCUGCCAGGCCCCAGUCCCCCUCUCAUCAGACAGGACCUGUCGCUCAAGCACUAGAGGAAUCUAAGUGCACCAAGGACAGCAGCCUGACUGAUGCUCCCGCAGAAGACGUGAAGCCAGCACAGACGUCGCAGGAGCCUCUGAAGGCACUGCCUGUUCAAAAAGAGCCUGUCUCUACCACAGAACCCAUGAAGACACGGCGCUCACAGUAUGCUGAGGAUCGGAAGUUGAGUACAACCACACAAUCUGGACUGAUGGCUGCAGCGAGAGCACCACAGGUUGAGAAACAGAGUGAAUGGAGUACAGCAUCUGCACUGGCUGAAAAGGAGCACAAGGAAGAUGCGAAGGAAGAGAAAACAGAAUGCUCUCAGUUGUCUCUGAACUACAGCCCUCCAACAAAGGCUAGUUCAGAGUUAAAAGAGGAUCAGUCGAUGUCUGUGGUUAAGCCUACUGUGGAGAGCGAGGAGGUCAUCUCUGAGCCCAGUGGCUCGUCAGAACCAUUGAAGAGGAAAUCUCUCAGUGAGAUAGAGGGUGAAUUAACACCAGAGAAAAGACCCCGUAUGUCUUCCGUUUCUUCAGUGUCUUCAUUCUCCUCUGUGUCUCCCUCUGCAUCAUCCAUAUCCAGCCCUGCUACACCAACUUCGGCAACAAAUCAGAGGGUUCCACCACUAAAGAUCCCGGUGUCACGAAUUCUUCCUGUGCCUGUGUCACCUAGUCAGAUCUCACCGAGGACUCCCCUCCCAAGUCCACUUAGUAGCCCAGGACGUACUGGUGCUCGCACUUUGGCAGAUAUCAAAGCCAAAGCCCAGCUUGCCCGAGCACAGCGAGCAGCAGCAGUAUCAUCUGCUUUAAAGGGAGUGGUGCCACCUGGCCCUGGGCCAGGUGGAGGCAGUAGUGAGCAGAUGCACCCCUUAUCCAACCCAAGCCCGACAUCCCCACAAGGAUCAGCUAGGUUACCGGCCAGCCAAUUUAGUAUAUCUUCUCCUUGCCAAGUGGACUCUUUUGGUCCACGUAGCCCAAACCAGUCUCAAAAAUACUCAAACAAAACUGAAGAAAAACAUAGAGGUCUUUCUGCUGGUGAUGUCAGUGCAGGAUCCCAUAGCACCCAAAAGAGUUCAAGUGUAUCAGCACAACCUUCAUCUGUGCAUGCUCCAAAGGAACAGGAAAUCCCAUUAACUGCUGGAUCAUCUACCAGGACCAGCUCCUGCAUCCCUGCAAACAACCCCCUGGUCACUCAGCUUCUGCAGGGCAAAGAGGUUCCAUUGGAGCAGAUCCUCCCAAAACCAUUAUCCAAGGUGGAAGUGAAGAUGUCAAAUUUCCCCUUUGUUAGUAAGGGGAAGACAUCUGUUGAGCACAGAGCUGACAAGUUCAAUACAUCAGGCCGAGCUGGUGUUUUCUCAGAAAGCACAAAACAUCACAGGGAACUUCCUGACAAGGAGACUCAGGAGCAGAUCCUACAGGCUCUUAUGCAGAGGAAAGGCCAACAAAGUCAGACAUUCGGAGGGGGUGUAGGGCCUCAGCCACCUCAGUACAAAGUGCACCAACUGAUACACGCAGAAGAGCGUCAAGACCGAUCCAGGAUUUCUGUUGGCUUUUUGGGUCGGAAGAGGAUGCCUAGGCCUGCCAUGACAGGACAUUACCUGCUCAAUGUGUCCACGUAUGGGAGAGGACCAGAGAGCAGGAGACUUCACUUGUCUGUCAUCCCAAACACCAGCUCAAAAAGGGAAACCACAGAAGCAGAGGAAGCAGCUAAGGAGGACCAACCAGCCAGGAAAGUUUUUCUGUCUCCUUCUGGGGUCAAAACAGAGCAGCAAAGAUGCUCAGUAAGCAAGUCUGAUGAAGCGGCGGGCUUUCAGCAUUACUCUAAUGUAAAGACUGAGCCUGGAUCAGAGUAUAAUGAAGCUAGUGGUGAUAACAACAAUGCCAGUACAACAGCCAAAGACACCAGCCCUUUCUCUCAGUCACACCGAAGGCACCUCGAAUUCUGCAAUAGUAAUCAAGGAAACUCAGAGCCAUAUCUUACCCACGUGGACCCCAGUCACCAGCGGCCGACUACCUUUCAGUCCCAGAGAACACUCGAUAAUCAGGAAGCCCCGGUAGCAUCGUGCUACGGCGGCACUAUCAGCAUGUCCGUACCUCACACUUUGAACCACAGCACUGCAGGCACUGGCUCUUCCACAUCCUCAUCAGAGGCUGAUGGUGGUGGUAUGCAUGGGAGCGUCAUGUCCUUCUCAGUGACUGUCACCACCAUACCUGCUGGUCAUUCGUUAGACCAUGGCAACCAGGGCGAGCCCUCACCUGAACAGUCGUUCAUUGAAGGCUCCAACAUGGAGGAUGUCCAGUCUAAAUGCUACUGCCGACUGAAGGCAAUGAUCAUGUGCAAGGGGUGUGGAGCCUUUUGCCAUGAUGACUGUAUAGGCCCCUCGAAACUGUGCGUCUCAUGUUUAGUGGUACGAUGAUAUUAAAUUCACAGUAACAACCGAAUGGUUAGAGUUGUAUUUUCUCCACACAAAGCAGAAGCAGAUGUUAGAGAAUCAAUACAGAAUGGACUGAAAGGUGUUACGUCAUGCUCCGGACAAAACAGCUGGCAUCCGUUGUCUGUUGGAAAGGCAAGGAUUUACACUGGAUGGUCUUGUUUUUCCACUAACAUCUAAGAAAAGUUGUUUUGUGCAAUUGUGUCAUAGAAAUGCCAAUCCAUGUUCAAUCAAAUUUUGUCAGAUAUGUGAGAAAUGAAAAUUCUGGCAGUGUUUGCACUUGGCUAGAGUAGUGUGAUAUAUUUUUUUAAAUAUAUGUAUGUGUAGUUUUUUUUGGUUAAAAAAAAAAAAAAGGAGGGAAAAUGAAUGUUGCUAUUUUUUUAGAACAUAAUGACUGUUGUGCUUUAGACUGACACUUUUUAUUAUUAUUGGUCCUAAUCAGUUACAGUUUAAAGGCAAAAAAAGGGCGCUAAUGAUAAUCAUUUGAUGUAGAGUACCUCCUAUUUGGCAUUUAUGCACAUAUGGCAGGGAAGUGCAACUUACAGUAACUAUUUUAUAUAAAACUGUACUUUUAUUACUGAACACACUCAGAUUUAAGAACUAGAAAGAACAUGUAUAGUUUUAGUAAGAAAAUAUAGAAUGAUUUUUGAAUUGUACUUUAUAUAAAUCAACUUGACUUAGUUCCAGGGCAGAGCAGUUGAAAACCACCUGAAUAUAAAGUAGUAACUGUGUACAGCACUUAAAAUCAAACCUAAAGAAAAGAAGAUUCUUAUAUAUAUUAAAAUGCCUAUAUAUUCCGUUUGGGGAAUUGAGAUCUUUAUCACUUUCGGUGAAGGUCUUAAGUCACUUCCUACUGUGUAAAUCAGCAUUUUUCUCCCCAAAAAUCAGGUUUGUGGAUAUGAUCUCCCUUGAUGUGGGGUUUCUAAUGCUUGUGUGUCUUUAUAGAUAAAUCAGCAGUGGCAAACUUUAAAAAAAAAACAAACAAAAACACUCGAGACAGGGGGGAGAGAAUGCUGACAAUUUUGAUAUUUCGCUGUACAUACUUGCUCAUGUAUGGUAUUUGCCUAGCUGUAGAAAAAAUGUUAUUUUGUUUGUACUGCACACGUUGCUUGAGCAUAACUGGCUCUUUAAUUCAAAAAAUAUUUUUUACUGUGGAAAGAAAAUGGAGAACAGUAAAAUAUGCUAAAAACAGGUACAAUAUGUCACCAAUAUCUCAAUAAGUGAGCGUAACACUUCACUUUAACAUGACCUUUUUCCAGGAAAUUAAGAGAGUUAUCCUCCAUAAUACUGCGGUUGGAAGUAUUGUAAGCCCAAAAUGAUACUGUAUCAUAUUUAUAUAAUGUACAGUAAUUUGUGUGAUGUGAUGCACAACACAUUUGUGGAGUCAACACUGUUGUUAUAACUUUUGCAAGUCUGUUAUGAUGAUGUUAACAUUAGUGCUUAGUUCAGACUGACUUGUAAAAAGGCCAAUGUGUGUGAAGUGUUACCUCAACAAGUUUUGUGUUUAUGCUGGUUACAAAUAUUGACACAUCUAUUAUAUUUUAGUCUCCUGGAGGUCUGAAACGUGGCCUCUUUUAUAGCAAUUAUUUCCAAGGUAGUAUGCCAGAGUCACUUAAAGAAAACAAAAAAUAAUCAGAAGUUGUUUUUAAAUGUCUGACUAGUUAAUCAAAGUAAUAUAUUUUAAUUAAUAUAUUUUAAUAUAAAAGAUCUAUUUGCUAAUUGUUUUUGACAAAUCAACAGGGUAUUUACUAUAUUAAUAUAUUGGCUGUCCAUUUUUUUUCCUAUAGUUAUGUUUAGGCUGGACAGACCACCGUACAGAAUAAUUUGACUUUUCAAAUAGCCCAGGUAUCUGAUAUUCUGUAUGGUCCAGCUUUUUCAGUGAAUCCAUUGGUCUUUAUUUUCCAUGAAGACUUUGUCUAAAGUGUGGAUCCUUUUAGUUGUCUAUUUGUGUCAUUACUUUAUGAAAAGAAAAUGUUUUUAGUGCACCAUUUAUAAGUCGUAGUUUUGUCUUGUGGAACAACAUAACAUAAAAUUAUUUUUGAGGGCUAGAAUCUAGCAGUUUUCACAUGGCAUAGAAAUUUCACUUAUUAACUGGUGUUUGAUUUAGUCAUACAAAUAUCUUUUUUUUUUUUUUCCCCCUCAUCAAAUAUUUAAGUCAUAUUUCAUUGAAUGUGACGUUAGAGUCCUGCUGGACUGAAUUGCACUGCAAAAAAUAUUAAAAAAAACAAUCAAUCUCAACCCUAAAGGCAGCUGAAAUCUUUGUUAAUGACGACUGAAACAUGAGUCAGACAGCAGUCCCAAUCAUUGCUAAGGCUUUCUGUUGUCAUUUGUAAGAGUAAAGCACUUCACAUAGAAAAUAGCUGGAAGAAGUGGGAGUGGGAAGGGUGGGGAUGGGGAUGGGGAAUUGCCACAUAUUUCUUUUAAUGUCAUGUUUGACACUAGGUGAAUUUCUUUAAUGUUAGUACUUUGUCUCCAUUUAAACUCCAGGUGAAUGUAAUAUAGUAAUCAGAACUUGUAAACAAAGUGUAUUUUAUCAAAGUAAUAGAAUAUUAUGAAUAAAUAAUAAUGGAAAUUU